GCUAUAUAAAGAUAUGAUUUUUAUUAUUAUAAAAUUAUGUGCCUACAAGUUUUAUCAGUUUUACCCAUUGAAAAGACCGAAAAAUUACCAUAAUUUGGGAUGUUGACAUAACUAGAAGUUAUUGGAACAACACCAAUCUAAAUGGCCCCUUCAUGUUAACAUACCAAGAAUAUUCUUCUUGGCAUGCCAUUAAUGCCCUCCAGUUAAUCUUGUCUUAUUACUUUUAUGUGGUUUUCCUGAUUUACAAGUGAACAUCAACAUCAGGAAUAACUGUGUGAUAUAACAAGGCACUGGUCCAAGAAAGAAAACAAAAUUAGCAGACUAGUUUCAAAAUUUUAAUGUUCUUUUUACUCCACACUUUCUUCAUAACAUAUUAAAGGAGGAACCAGAUGCAUUGUGUUUAUUUUUUACUAAAAUACUAUAACUGAUGCUAAAAAGUUGUCAAAAACAACCAGAUACAUUGUUAUUUCAAACCUAAUGAAAAUAAACUGUAACUCAAACUUUCAAAGCAAGGGAAAUAGUUUCAAUAAAAACUCUUAUCAUUUUUUAAUAGCAAAAUCAUUCUAUAUGCCCAUUAUAUGACACCCUUUAUAACAAACUAUAAAACAGUCAUUGACCUAAAUUCUUUUUUAAUACCUCGUGUGCACUACACGAUGAAUGUAAUAAAAUGGUGUUGCCUCAUUAAUCCACCAAGCUGACCCUGUAGGGUUGUGACACCUUUACACUCAGUCUUGGCCUGGACAUACAUACUUUGGGGGCAAUCGCUGGACCUGAGGCAAGCCUAAGUUCUUUCCAGUUUUUUAGUCUGUAUACCGAGUCCAAUAUUGUUAGUAUGCACCUGUAAAAGAUGCAGUGCUACGUGCAGGUAUAGUGAAACAAGAUGUGACUGCUGAUAAAGACCUGGAUUUCUCCACCUAAUACAUAUGAAUGGUAAUUGUUUUAAAUAACAAAACUGAUGACUACCUCCAUUAAAGUACUACUGUAGUAGUGCCAUGCUGACCAUGUGGCAACUCAUCACUGCAGUUCUAAUGAUAAAUACGUCUACAGUGGCCAGUCUUAGAUUAAUGCCCAAAGACCCAGUGGUUGAAGCUGGCUCUUCACUCACUCUCACCUGUUACCUGGAGGAUCCCAACCUCCAGCCCAAGAAUAUCUACUUCAGCUAUAGCUUCCACAAUAUUUACAAAAACUUCUCUCAGGAGAAUGUUGCAGUGCUUGAUAACUCCACUGUGCAACUCCAUGUUAAAGAUGUACGUAAAGGCACCUACUAUUGUGAUCAUAAUCCAAGUACUGGAUAUGAGGCUCAGUAUGUGGAAGUGGGAUGUGAGUAUGCAUUUUAUCACUGUCCAUGCAGCGUAACAUGCAACAGCAGCUUAGGCAGCACAUGCACGCAUUGCAUGCCACUGUCAUGUAUAUACUACAAAAUAAUCAUGUCAGACUGUAACAAAAAGUUAAUAUGUCAUAUGGCUUUCUUUUUCAAAGACCCCCCAGAUAAGGCUACCAUUUCUUGUAUCUCAUACAACUUUGAGGAAUUAACCUGCAGCUGGACCACAGGAAGAGACCCUCUGAUAUCCACCAACUGGACAGCACUUAAAAGUAACGACAAUGUAUCCUAUACACCAUGCGAUCGCCAGGGACAAAAGUGCACAUUGGACUCAAAGUAUAUUACCGGUAUUUCCCAAUAUUUCAAGGUUCAGGGUAAAAAUGUUUUGGGGGAGAGUACAUCAGCUAUCACAGAAGUGGACAUUUUUAAAUCUGUGAAGCUGAACCCUGUCAGAAAUGUCAAAGCUAUAGCAGUGAACAACUCAAUGAUCAGUUUGUCAUGGCAAGCAUCCCCCUCAGGAAGGAACAUCAUGGAGGAUUAUAUUUUAUCUACAGUGGGUCGUGGCCUGCAGUACAGGGUUGAAUACAGGAUUGAACCAGACAAUCACACAGUGGUUGUAUACCUGAAUAGAUCCAAAACCAUGAAUGCAACUAUAUAUUUGACCAAUGUUGCACCAGCAACAAACCAGUAUAACAUCAGCAUAGCAGUGAGACCGCAGGGAGGACUGUACUGGAGUUCACUGACGGUGGUCACAUGUGGAAAUUUAAGUGAGACCACUAUUUCAGAUUCAAAGAGUUCCUGGACACCUCUUCCUCAGAACAUGUCAGUUCUUUUAAUAGGGUUCAUUUUACCAAUUAUUAUUGUUGCUGCAAUUGUGAUUGCAUGUCUUGGAUUAUGGUUAAAGAGGAAAAUAUAUGGUACACUGGACAUUGAAGUACCAGAUAUUCCUCAUGAACCUGAUAUUACUACUGAUUCCCACUUGGCAUAUGAUUACAACAUGAAGUAUGACUCUUAUACGAGAGUCAGUAAUGCUGACAGUGGACUGGUCCAUGAUAGCAGCUUAUAUGAUGAAAAUAUCAGCCAUGACGAAAAUGAUCUAUCUUCUGCACUAGACACAUGUACUGCCAUCAGACAAAGGGAUAUAAGGACCCCACUUUUAUAUGAAAUAACAAACACAAAGCUACCACAAGACAGGGGUGUGAUAGAAAUAGAAAAGAAAGGAAUUUGCAUUGCUGACCAGAGUGGUUGUCAGUCCUGUGGUCGUAAAAACUCACUUUCACAUUUAGAUAUUAAGCAAGAAUCAUCUUCUGACCCAACACAAAAUAAAGUCUGGAAAGACAAAUGCAGAGACAUCAGUGGGCUAAAGAGUAAAGCCUCACAAAUAGAUCCAUGUAUUACAUGCCAUAAUUCUCUAUGCCUAAAAUUAAAUAACACACCCCAGGGAUAUUCAAGGUUUGACAUUCAAUAUGACCCUCAGGGUGGUGUGCCUGACAGCUCUGAUAGAUCAUCAUCGUUACCAUCCUCAGGUGACAUGUCUGACACGGAACCAGUGUCACCUGAUUCAGGAUAUAUUUCUUUUACAAAAUCUGAGAAUACACAUGCACUAACUACCAGUGGCCCUCUAAGAGAGAUGAUUGUAGGGGACAAACAAGAGUCAAUGUGGGAGAGUCCCCCAAGUUUGUUGAACUCUUCUUCAAAGUUUUUUGGGAGAAUGGAUCGAUCUACCUCAGAGGUUACAAUAUCAGAACAAGAGGCUUAUACAAAAAAACCUUCUAACAAACACUGGUUUUCUAUGUGCGAAAUUAAUAAAAAUGGAACUCAGGAUUUACAAUUUGGAAAUGAUGAAGAUGAAACUCGGUUUAAAAAUGGUUAUGUCAGCUGGACAUGCCUCUAAGAGCUCAUGACAGGUUGCCAGAUAGCUGUAUGAUUAUGUAACAUUCUGGACACAAACUAGACCUUCACCAGUAACUACAGUUGUAGCUCACUCUCUUUCUCCUUUUAUUGGGAACAGAUUUGUUUUGAGAUGCAUCAGAAAUUUUGAUGGAAUAUAUUUUGUAUAUUAAAUAUUUUUUGUUUUUUUUUAUUUUAUAGAUGGUGAAGUUAUACAUUUCUUCUGUAGUGUGUGUGUGUGUAUGUGUGUGUGUGUGUGGUGGUGGUGGAAGAGGGCACAUAUGCAAGGCUAAUCUUUUUUCAUUGUCCCAUUAGAAUUUUUAUAUACAGAUUUGGGAGGUCUAAAGGGGAGAGAGGUAUGUGACCCUAAAACCUUAUACCAUAAAUUCACCUAUAGGCCAGACAAGUUAAUAUGUUGGUUCACAACAGUGAUUGAUUGAUUUUUUAUGGAAAUCAAACUUUUUGUUGCACCCAUUUUUUUUACAAAUGGAAAAAAAACAUUGGGUAUACUAUUGGUUAUUCCAGGUUAAACCUUAAUAUGCUGUUGCUUUUGAUAACGUUUCAUCUGCCAGAUCUGUUAAUAUUGGUGGAUUAUGCAAAUUCAUUUUGUGUAAAACUUGGAUAAUCUAAACAAAUUGGCAGUAUCCAUUUUUGUAGCAUUAAAAAGGUAAUGUGGUUUGAAGUUUUUCAUGUGUUAUUUUUUAAAUAAAGACUCAUUAAAUUCUAGAAUUAUCAAAUGAAAAAAUAUGGCAUUGUACUGUACUACUAUGACUUACAAGGUCUCCUUCAUAAUUAA